CCCUGUCAGUACGUUUCCAGAAAAUGGUGGGAUUGUGUAUCAAAAUCGGGCAUGACACGUAUUUUACGAUUUUUAUAAAAUAAUUUGUGAAAAUUUUGCAAUGUUAUUGUGUUUGUAGAAAGUUUACCUCUACAAAAUAAUUAAAUUCCGAAAACAUGGAGUUUCGUGAGACGUUGUUAGCAGCUCAACGAAAUCAACAACAAAAGUCAUCUGAAAAUGCAUACUAUAAGGCUCGCUUUGACCCGCCCAAGAAAGAGCAGAAGCAGAGGGACAAAUUGUCAGCAAAUAUUCAAAAGUUUUUGGCAAAGAAGGAUGAGGAAGAAAGGCAAAAGAAAAUUGAAGAACAGAGAAAAAGGAAGGAGCUUCUUGCUAUGAGGGACCCUAAAGACUUAAGAAAGAUUCAGAAAACUCUGAAAGUUAUCAAGUCAGCCAAUAAGUCUGUGAUUGCUGAUGCCAUUGAUCGGGAUAACACUGCAGUGACUCGUGAGGGGCCGGACCAGCCUGAUCAAGAUGAUUAUGGCUAUGAGUCCCAGGAAGCAGCAGCUAUUUACGAAAAGAUGAUGGAAAAGUAUAGCAAAAUGCCAGAUGAACCUAAAUUCCCAGUUGGAAACACAUUUGUAAAGAAGGAUCUUAACGGUACAAGAGAGCGUGUUAAACACGCCUUGAGACAUGAAGAUGAUCCUGUACCUCAUAAGCGUCGACGGAAAGGAGAAAAUGGAGAACGAGAUUUAAGUCCACCAACAAAAUACGAGCCUGAAAAAAAAGAAACUAAGCCAGAAAAGCCUAAAUUUCGGAAACCACUUCCUCCUCCUAUGGACUUCAAUCAACUGUUGAAGCUAGCUGAACAAAAGAAGAGUGAACCAAUUGAAAUAGGGAAAAAGAAGGAAGUAGUUGCAGAGAGUGAGGCAGGGCCUGAGAGACUCAUGACCAAGAAACAGAAGAGAGACUAUGAGGAGGAGAUGGCGAGGCGUCAGCGUCGCCUGGAGAGGUUGGAGGCCGAGAGAAAUGGUGGUAAGAAAGUUUCAAGAGAUGAUAGACCAAGGGAUGACAGAUCAAGAGAUGACAGACCAAGGGAUGACAGAUCAAGAGAGUCUGAAAGAGAAAGAAGACCAGAACCAACUGGGUUAGGGCGCAUCCCGAAAGUGUCAGACAAAAUGAACAAUUCAAACUCUAGAAAUGACAGUCCUAGACCAUCCGAUAGAGAGAGAAGUGAAAGGGAGAAAAUAGAGAAACUACAAAAGGAAAGAGACCGAUUAAGACUAGAAAAAGAUAAGGCUGAACGUGAGAAAGAAAGAAUAGACAGAGAGAGACUUGAUAAGCUGAAGGCGGAGAGAGAACGAAUCGAAAGAGACAUAGACAGACUUAACAGAGACAGAGAAAAGUUAGAAAAGGCUAAAUCUAAGUUAGAGAGUAGCAGUAGACCCCCAGAGAAGGGAGUCAAAGGUGUCAACAAACCUGUAGAUAGAUCAAAAUUAAAUUAUAAGGAAGGAAUUAAACAAGAUGUAAAUAAAAACAUAGACUUAAAGAGCCAAAAUACAUACAGGAUAGAUAAGAAUUCUAAUGAAAGGAAAUUAGGAGUACCAGGUAAACAAUCUGAUAGUAAAUUAUUAAAUGGCCACAGCAGCCAGGGUAAACUAGUGCCAAAGCAGAGAGAGCCAGUGCAUCAAAAUGGUUUGAAAGAUAAAGCUUUACUGGCUAAGCAGAGAGCUGCCGAAGGAUCUCAGAAACUGAAUGAUAAGAGGCCGGUAGAUAGCAAAGGAGUGCCUUCUAAAAGACCCGAUGAUAGGAAACUUGGUGCUAACGACAAAGCUGGCCCAAGUAAGCCGAAGAUUGCAAGUACAUUUGAUUUCGAUAAGCACAUUAAUGGGUUGGGUAAGAAUGGUGCGAGGAAGCCUGAUGGUUCGCGGCAGUUCCCGCCAGGCGACGUCAGGAGAAAAGCUAUGGAGAAGAAGAAACGUCGCGCUUUGGACUCGGAUUCAGAGUACGACUCCGAAUUGGAUGACUUCAUUGAUGAUGGCGAUGAUGAAAUGGAUUACUCCAAACACAUCAAGGAGAUCUUCGGAUAUGAUAAAUCCAAGUAUCGAGACAUGGAUGAUGAUGACGAUCCUACCAUGGAGUCCAGUUUCGCGCGACAACAACGCGAAGAGUACAUUAGUAAAAAGAUUGGUAUUAUGGAAGACUUAGAAGACAUGAGGCUGGAAGCUAUGCAGAAGAAAAAAUCUAAGAAAGGUCGACGGAUCAGCGACGACUGACGAAACAACGGCUAACCGGCGAGCAAGCGGCCUGCGAGCAUUAUUCGGAGACAAUCGCUUGCCGACACUUAAUUACAAUACACGGUAUUUAAUUAAACACUAGAUAGUCAUUUAUCGAAUGGGAUCAAUUAAAUUCAAUUGUAAACAAUUAAGUUAGCACCCGAUUGUCUCCCAAUAGCGGACUUAUUUAACUUAGUUACCUGUACAAUAUAAUAAUUUGUUUAUUUGUAUAAAGUGAAUUAGUUUUUGAGUUGUGAAAUAAUAUUAUAGCUUGGUAUGUUAUUUUUUACCGCUUUUAAUCUUAAAUCUUAACAAGCACUGAAUGUAAGUCAGCAAAUUAACUUUUCAAUUUGCUUUCUUGCUUAGUAAAGCAUCACUUAGUUUACCUAUAUCUGCUUACACUACUUUAUAGAACACUUGUGCAAUAGACACUUACCACAAUCAUAGAUAGUUAAGGUUCUUAUGUUUAUAGUUUAUCUAUCAGGUUAAUCUCGGGUUGUUGGACUAUUCUGAGGAAUAGCAAAUGGGUCGUGUCUUCAAUAGGUACAAUAUUUAUACAAAAAUCAAUGUAAUUUCAUGUUAAGUUUAUUGUUCUUGGAUAAAUAUAUGUGAGCAUGUCUGUCAAGGUUGUUACAGUUACUACAAAGAUGUCUAAGUCAUGGCAUAUUAAACCAAACUUUAUUCAAUGAAAUGAUUGUAAAUUAUGUAUUUAUUUAAAAUAACCGUCCAUAAUUUAUUAACGUAUGCUCUUCAUGAUUUACUUCGUUUGUUGCCAUGUCUUAAAACGCGUGAUAGAAAAUUAUAUUGUACCCGUGAGCUACUCUACUGUAUUUGGUACUUCUAGUACUGUUACCACUUUAUUAUUGAGCUUUUUCUUCCACUCGUGGAGUACAGCUAGAAGAAUAUACUUUUAUUUUUGUCGUGUGGCAACCUUGACGACGAUCUCCUAAGACAAGAAUUUUGAAUUUUGAAAAGGCCUGGGUUGAAUUAGUUAACUUCUGAUUUAUAAACGAUUGUGUAUAGUAGAUGAAUUAAUUUAUAUUUUAUUAGAGUAAUCAAAUACUGAAUUAUUUACAUUAAUCAUAGAGACAUUGUUAUUGGGUUGUAGUACCUUAGUUAUGUUUCAUCUACGAAACUUGUUGUUUCACUGUUGUAAGAAAAUCCCAGUUUCAUUAUACCUUAUAGUAUUUUUAAUAAGUUGUUAACUUCUGCAAUAACUUGUAUGUAAAAUCGUAAAUGUUAUACACUGUUUCUCUUGCCCCAAUUUAAAUAUUAUACAUAAACCAGAGAAGAGUAUGUGACACAUUGUGGAAAUAUAUUAUUUCAUAGAUAUAUCUUAAAUGUACUUUAUGAAUGCUUUCUUUAUACAUGUAUUACAUAUUCCACAGUGUGUUGAAUCCACAGAGGCAGUUCAUCUUCAUAUCUCAACAUUCCCUGUGGCUACAUGUGCUUGUUGGAGCGGAUAACUCUGUUUAUAUGUAAUUAAUAAUGUUAAUAUACUUUUAAAAGCAUAAUUUGUAACCUAAACGAAUGUAAAUCUUGUAUACUUUUGUGAUACUGAAGAGCAAAAAAUAACAAAAAUAUAAAUACAUAUUAUAUGAAUAUUUUGAAAA